AUGUUUUAUGCACAAUUUGUAUUGGCCAAGAAAGGCCCUUUAUCAAGGAUCUGGUUAGCAGCUCACUUGGAAGAGCGCCUCAAGAGGAAAGAUGUGGCUGACACCGAUCUUCAACAGGCCAUUACUGAAGUUCUUCGACCAAGAGUGAGUUAAUUCUUGUAUUUCUACUUUUUGUUUAGAUCAAAAUCUCUUUGCGGACAACAGGUUUCUUAUUGUUUGGAAUCUGUCGGAUUCACAACCAGAAAGUGACCUAUCUUCUUCUAGACGCCUAUCACAUUAGAGAUCGACUUUUACACUUAAAUUUCAAGAAACCUACAGAGAAAAAGUCGCAUCCUGCAGGUCAACAACCUCCGUUAUCAAAUCUUCAUAAUGAGACGAUGCCAGAGGCCAGUGUUUAUGAAUUGGAUGGAACUUUAAUUAACCCACAAGACUUUGCACAUCCCCCAGGCCCGUUAGUGAAUUCCAGAGCAAAUGUAAACGACAUCACAUUGCAUGAGAAUGAAGAUGAGCAGACUGAUAUGCUGGCCAUCAUCGAUAAUAUGGAAUUAGAGGGGGAUCUGGACACGGAAUUCCAAAGGGCCCAAGAACGUUUGAGAAGUUUUCGAGAGAAUUCUGAAGAUCCAAAUAGAAUGAUACCCAUUCCUGAAAACGAGAAUAUGGAUAUUGAUAUGAUGAUUGAACAGGCUCGUCGUCAAUCAGAGACGAUGAAUAUAUCCAGCCAGCCUGUUCUUGAUCCUUCCGAGACUCCAAAGAGACCUUACGAAGAUGUCGCCGAGCUGGAUCGGCUGAUUAACUUUGUUGGUGAAGAUCAUAUUGAUGAUACCUCACAUCAUGAAUACAUGCCUCCUUUGGACGACGAAGUUCCCAUGGAAAUUGAUGGGGAUCCAGGGAUGAAUUCCCGAGGUAUGUACUUAUAUUUUAUUACUCCGAAUUACUAAAAGUUGUUAAUCUCUCAUUUAGAAUCUUUGCAAUCUCAAGGCUCAUUGGUCCUUGAGACUUUGACGGAUUCCCAGAUCAGAGCACAAGAAAUAGAAAAGAGGAGGCCAAGAAGACGGCGGCCAAAGGGACUUCUUUAUGACGAGGAUCCAGAACUGGAUGAUGAUUUGAUGUUAGAGUGGCAGAGCGAGGUCAGGUAAGUCUGUUAAUUCAUUUUCAAAUUGCUUUAGCGACAUCCAAAAACCUGUUGAAUUGGCGGCACCAACUAAGCUCCUAAUGAAAGCUCAAAUGAAUGGGGAUCUUCAAAGGAUUUGGAAUAAUCCGGGAACCGAUUUGUAUAGAAAUGAUGACUUCUGGGACCUCUAUCAAGAGUGUUUAGUGCCCCAAUUAAAAACUCGACUCAACGAUCCACAAGAAUUUAUUCAUGACGAGACUGAAACCACGGAUCUGGAAAUCAGACACUCCAUUGGUCUUGUUGAUGAGGUUUGUCAUCAAAGAAAAUUUUUAGCUCUGUGGUUUGAAUUGAUGUAAACAGUUUCGUUUACAGCCAGAACCCGAGCAACCUAACCCAGCAUUGGACAUUACUCUUCAAAACCCUGAUGACUUCCCUAUCGAGAAUCCUCGGGCAGAUCAUUCAAUUCUGAACUUUGAGAAUGACGAGAAUGUAUUUGCAAAUACAUCUUUAGAAAAGGAUCUGACUUUAGAUGAGCAACGGGACCAGAGUCUUCUUCAAGCCAGCCAGACAUCCAGUGCCAUGGGAGAAAUGGAAGUAAAUGAAGUGAGGAGAGAGAUCAGUGUGGAACGACAUAAAAUCGAGGAAGCCGCCAACAGACUCAUGGAUAAGAUUGAGAAAGAAUGGACGAAACAGGAGAAGAAAGGAGUAGGUUCUGUGCUCUUAUUUUUAUGGAAUACUAUAAGAUCGACGGUCUAUAAUAUCUCUCCCUACUCAUAGGAAACCAAAAUGGCUGAAUUUCGUAAGAUCAUCCAAUGGCAGCCAUCAGCCAAAAUUUUGGCUCGGGAAUUUUAUGCCUUGCUCGAGUUGACGACUAUGAAACCGAUCGAAAUAAAACAAACUCAACCAUAUGGCCCUAUCUUCCUUAGACCUCCGUCACAUCAACUAUAA